AUGACAGACAUCUACCUGCAGCCCGGCGCGAACGUCAGGCUCAGCCAGUCUCUCGUCCUUGACGGAGUAGACGUCACCAUCCGCAGCUCAGGCAGCACCACUGGCGCCACCAUCGACGGCACCGAUGCGCUGGACAGCCUCUUUAUCCUGAAAAACAAGGCAACGCUCUGGUUGGAAGGGCUCGUCUUGGCGAAUUGCCAGGCGGAAGCUGAUGGCGGUGCGGUCCGCAUGGAUGACUCCGACGUGAGCUUGCGUGACGUUCGCAUACAGGACUGCUCCGCUGCGAACUCCGGCGGAGCCAUUUACGCCGCCAGGGGCAGCUUGCGACUGGAGUCGGUGGAGAUAACGCGCUGCAGCGCUGAGACUGGUACAGAAGGCGAGAACGCCCAGGGCUUGGGCGGGGCCAUCAGGAUUGUCAAGGUUCGCGAGGUGGAGCUGAGCGAGGUCAACAUUACCGGCUGCAGCGCAGUCAAGGGUGGGGCUCUGCACAUUGACGGUGGGACGGAGAGCGAGACCACGCUGAACCGGGUCCGUCUCGCAGAUAGCACUGCCACCGAGGAAGGCGGCCUCGUUUACAUUGUGAGCGGGCGCUUGACGCUGGAGAACGGGACCCUGCUGGAGAGCGGAACGGCAAGCCAAGGGAGCUCGAUCGCAUUCAGCGGCGCGCCCGAGGUGUCCUACCGCCUGCCUUUGCCUCCCGGGUACUGGAUCCCGCACUCGAGAUGCGAGAUCUACCGGCAGCUUCCUGCCGACUGUGCGGACGACGUCUGCCGGGGUCUAUUCGACAAGUGCAAGACCGAGACGGACGCGCAGAACGACGAGUGCAAACAGUUCCCCGUCGCCUUUGUUCAGCCCUGCAAUUGGGAGGCGACGCCCGCGCUGCUCGGCGUAUCUCUGUACCAGGUGCCAACCUCUGCCCUCGAUGUCGACCUGCCGUACGCCUGCGCCCCCGGCAUUCUAGGCUCGAGCGAUGCCGACGACCAGAAGUCGGCCUUCUGCGCCGGCCUCUGCCCCGUGGGCCAGCGGUGCCCCGAGGCCGCCACGACGGAGCCCCGCCCGUGCACCGAGGGCAACUUCUGCCCGGCGGGGACGAGCGUGCCUCGGCCGUGCCCCGAGGGCUCGUACUCGGCCGCGACGAACCUGACGAAGGAGGACGAGUGCACGCAGUGCCCAGUCGGCUUCACUUGCCCGGCGGGCAGCACCGUCCCCGACCCUUGCAACGACGGCACGACGACGUACGGCCAAGGGUCCACGGCGUGCGACGUGUGCGACGAGGACUUCUUCCUCGUCCUAGGGGAGGCCCAGGCCUCCACCAAGGCGUGCAAGUCGUGCCCGGCCCCGCCUUCCUCUCCGCAGGGAGGCGUCGUGUCCUUCACCUGCGGAGUCGACACACGCAUCGGCGCACUCUACUGGAGCCCGUGCCGCGGCGGCGUCGACUCGUCGGAGGAUGGCAACGCCCUCUGCCACCCCUUCUACGAGGGCCCAAAGUGCGAGGUCUGCACCAACACGACCGACAACGGCAUCCGCUACUUCCUCAACUCGAAGGCGCGCUGCCAGCCGUGCGACCGGCCGGCGGAGUCGGUGAUGCUGCUCGUCGGUCUGCUCUUCACGGCGGGCGCUCUCGGCCUCGGCACUCUCAAGGUGAUCCGCAGCUCGUGGGUCCCUUCGGGCAAGGUGGCGCGCGCGCUCGUCCUGAUGGGUCGUCGGAUGGCGUUGCUGUGGAAGCGGGCGGGGAUGCUAUGCAAGACAAAGCAGCUGAUCAACCUCUUUCAGGUAGUCGCAGUCGUGCCGGCCGUGUACGAGGUCGAGCUGCCGCCGCAGCUGAGCGAGUGGGCCAACCUCUUCAACGCCGUCGAUAUCUUCGACCUCGAUCUUUUCCUACCGCCCGCGUGCUAUGGCUCCUACCUCACCCGCCUGAUUGCCUGGGGCUUUUUGCCCUUUGCGCCCAUCCUCCUCGCGACCCUCGGCAGCUGCGCCUGGGAGCUCGCAAGUAGUGCAAGUUUGACUCGUGCCGCGCUGUGGCGCGGCCUGUUGGGUGCACUGCCGCUCAUCGUGAUUCUCCAGUUCUUGCUAGUUACCUCCACCAGCACGCGCAUCCUCCGCACCUUCAACUGCAUCGAGUUUCCGACACGGGACGCGGUCCUCCCGGGGGGGCAGGAGCCGUACCGCGCCUACCUCGCCGACGACCUCUCCCUCGACUGCAGCACGCCAGAGUACGCCACGGUGAAGCGGUGGGCGUAUGUGCUGCUCUUCGUGUGGCCCAUCGGCGCGCCUCUGUUGUACCUUGGCUUGCUACUCGCCUCACGGCGCGACAUUAUGACGCGCCAGUCGACACCUCUCUUGCGUGCGACCGACUUUCUCUGGAGGGACUACGAGGAUAGCGCCUUCUACUGGGAGCCGCUCGACCUCGUCCGCAAGCUGACGCUGACCGGCUUCGGCUCGAAGCAGCUCCGCGUCAUCAUCGCGCUGCUCGUCUCGAUGCUCUUCCUCACCCUGCAGUACGUCCUCUCGCCGUACAAGCGCACGCUCGACGGGCGGCUCUCCAUGUUCGCCAAUAUCGGCCUCGUCCUCGUCUACCUCGCCACCCUCACCAUCAACUCGUGCUCGCUGCUCGAGACGGACACACAGACGUGCGGCGAGUUUGGGCUCGACCAGCUCGAGCUCGCGACAAUCUUUCUCUCCUUCACCACCGCCCUCCUCGGCAUUGGGCUCACCCUCGUUCUGUGGCUCUACACAGCGGCAAGCCGCGCACCCACCUUCCGCCUCGUUAGCAGCGGGCGCGAGCCGCUGCGAGACGGACGGACGCUCACGGAAGGCAUGCGGUGGCACCUAUUUCUGAGCCACAUCUGGUCGACGGGGCAAGACGCGGCCGCGGUGAUCAAGAACCAGUUGCGGUUGCUUCUGCCUGGUGUCGAAGUCUUCCUCGAUGUAGACGACCUUGAGGGCAUCGCCGCUCUGGAGGAGUACAUCUCGAACUCUCGUGUCGUGCUUCUGUUCCUAUCACGGGGCUACCUUCGCUCGGUAAAUUGCCAGCGCGAGGUGCGCGCUGCUUUAGCUAACAACAAGCCCAUUGUGCUCGUCCAGGAGGUGGAUCCGGAGAAGGGAGGCGGUGCACUCGCCGAGCUCCGCGCGGAGUGCCCCGCCGAGCUGCAGAAUGGAGUCUUCGACAAUCGUCAGCCAAUCCCUUGGCAUCGGAUUCGUGAGUUCCAGCUCGUCUCCCUAAAGCUGAUUGCCGAAGCGACGCUACUGCAGACGCCAAGAUACUGCGGGAAGAGCAACCUGCCGCUUUACCUCCCUGGGCUUCUCGAUAAGCAAGAGAGCCAGGCGACCAAUGCGCUUCAAUGGCUCAGCCGUCGAGUGAGUAGUAACAGCAUCAAUCGAGACGGCUCCAACGGAGAAGCUACCCACAUGCUGCUCUACCUCAACUCGUCAACCUGGUCUGACGAGCUGCUAGCGAAGCAAGUCACAGCGGCGCGCGCGGCCAGACUGCCCAUCAUCAUGGCUCAUGAGAGGGACCCAGCACGAGGCGGGUGCCUCUUUGCGCGCAUGUUCGAAGUUACGCCUCAGCAGCUGAUCGUCGACGGCCUCUACAAGAACCUCGCGCGCUCGUGCUUUCCCGAUCCGCACCGAAAGGCGCGGGGUACUCGAGUUCUCUUCUCAGCACCCAAGUCUCUAUCAUGA